AUGGGAUCGCGCAAGGCAUUCUCCACCGGCGUGGUCCCCAUCGAAGGGACCUUCCAUCUAGGUGUGCAGGGAACAGUCUCUGCACGCCACCUCCCAGACCUUAAUGCCUCCCCGUUUUUCUCAACAGCUGGCAGACAGUAUCGGUAUGACUAUAGUACAGCCAAAGUGAAAGGUUGGCUGAAACUGCAUUAUGUACCAACAACCUGGCACCAAGCACGAAUGCGGUGUCAUGCCGAAGGCGCUGUCUUGGCUUCACCUCUCAAUGCAUCAUUUCUGCACGCUAUGACCACUAUGAUGUCAACCAACAUAAGUACUACGAAAUGUGGAGUACUCAGCGGAAUUCAUGCGAUAUUCUAUGAAGGCGUUUAUUCAUCGCUAGAAGGAAUACCACUCAGCAGGAUUCCGGUGCGCUGGGCACCUGAUGAGCCACAUUAUAAUGAGGAUAAUGAAAGUUGCCUACUCCUUCUACCAAAUGGAGACAUGGCAGUCAUUAACACUUCUGAUGUGUACCCAUAUAUAUGCUAUAAGAAGAAAACUAAAAAUGUACUGACAGGAUGUGGCACUUACGAUAGUAAUUACCACCUGGAGCCCAGAAUCGGGAGCUGUUACAAAUUUCACAACACAUGCCUGACAUGGCAUAAAGCAUACAUGACGUGUGCUGGUGAAGGUGGACACCUGGCCAUCAUCAACAGCGCUAUUGAAGCUGAAGCACUCAAAGAGCUAUACGCUAAGUAUCCAUCAAACACAAUAAACUGCAGAUACAAAGAUUCGGCGAUGAUCGGUUUUCUGGACUGGACCCAAGAUAGUGUUUGGCUGACUAUACAUGGCGAGACAUUACAAAAAGCAGGUUACUCAAGCUGGAGUAAUGGUGCCCCAGAUAAUGCGACACGGGGCAACUUGGGGCAGCAGUGCGGGGCCAUCCUGAGGACUGGCCUGCUGAACGACGUGUGGUGUGCCGCGGUUCCGUUCGCUUUUAUCUGCGAGAAAAGUCCAGACAGCCUACUCUUCGACAACGACUUGGAUUACAUAUAAAUCGAUAAAGUGCUAAAAUCAUAAAAAAAAAUUAAUUUGUAUUAUCCAAAAAAGUCACUAUUGUUCGAACAAUGUCUGCACUCAGUUGACGAUUGUUAAAAUUAUUUUAUUACUAGCUGUACCCGCGAGUUUGUCUGCUUCGAAUUUAACUUUAUUUUUUUUUUUAAAUAAAAGAAUAUUUCUAAAGUAAAAGUAG